AUGGAGGGUCAUUGUGGACAGUCACAGAAGUUAGUGCACGUGAAAGAAGAAUUUGAGACAGAUUCCGGAAACCUGCACUCGUUUGGCGAAGCGAGCGCACUUGUAGUUAGCUUCAAGGACAACGCAGAGCUACAGUAUGUAGGCUGUUUGACAGCUGUGCAUGUCAAGGAAGAAGACUUCGCAAACGAGUCAAAGGCGCCCUCAUGCUCAUACAGCGCUGUAAGCAAAGCUGUGCUGUCCCACUUAUACCACCAUGAAGUGAAAGAUGAGAACGUUCCUUCAUAUACAGCAUGUUUAAACAAUGCAGAGUCGGGUACAGCGGCAAUGCUGACCGGCCUGUACACUAACAAAGUGAAAAAUGAGGAUAUGCUGAAGCCUAUGCCUUCACAGACCACCUUAUUUCCAGACAGUGUUAACUGUGAAGUGAGCGAGGCAGCCAUGUCUACUGAGUGCAACCUUGAAGUUAAAAAUGAGGUUAUGCCGGUGUUUCUGCCUUCACAAACUCCGUUGUGUUCAAACGGAACAGAUAUUGUCAAGGAUGAGGUGCCGCCAGAGUCUAUGCCUUUACAGGCAUUAAGUCGAGACAGUGUUGAGCGUCGAGUAAGCGGGGCUAUGGGAACUGGCCUGUGCAACUAUGAAAUUAAGAAUGAGGUUAUGUCAGAGUAUAUGCCAUCACAAGACAUCACCGAUGGAGUGAGUGAGGCAGCCAUGCUGGCCGGCCUGUACAAUGACCAUACUGUCAAGGAUGAGCUUGUAUUAGGACCGGAGCACCCACAUAGGCCUGAUGCAAUACUGGCGGUUCCCAGCUGGGUGUUAACGGACUGGUCUGCAUCACCGCUAAAAAAGUGCUCCGUUAGGCUCAAACACCAACAACACCAGGCGUUCACCAACAACCAAGGAACCAAGGGCUCUCAUACUGUCAAGACUCCAGAGGUUAAACAAAACCUUACUCAUGAGAGAAAAGGGAGAGGCAAAAGGGAAUCUGUAUGUAGUCUUUGUGGUGAGGCGUUUGGUCUGAAAUCAGAUUUGAUGAGACAUGUCCUGAGACACAUACAUAUGCCUACAAGGAAGGGGCAAGAGAGAAACAGCGCCUCGGACUGUGAGAAAUCUAAGCCUUCGAUGCGUGACUGCUGGGUGAGACUUGAGCGCGGUGUCAUGAUUCAUCGCGAGCUUGAAACCAAGAAAAAAUACUCAAGCAAACAGGAAACUGUAUCACGACAGGAUAGCGUACCACGUCAGGAAACUGUAUCACAACAGGAUAGUGUACCACGACAGGAAACCGUAUCACAACAGGAUAGUCUACCACGACAGGAAACUGUAUCACAACAGGGAACUGUAUCACGGCAGGAAAUGCACUCUGACGCUAUCCAGCUUACUAGCACACACACAUACGCGUGCGACACAUGCGAUGAAACAUUUCAAAAUGAAAAGGGCCUUAUAAGCCAUAAUAGGGUGCAUCAACGGCAGGUUCAGAUAUUACCAAAUACCAAACCAGAAUUAAACCACAAACGCAGUACUAGUAAGAAGGCCUAUGUCUGCGAAUAUUGCAACAAAGUUUUAAAAUGUAAACGUUCUGUAUACAGGCAUGAAUUAGCACACAAAGGAGUGAAACCAUACUGUUGUAAAAUAUGUAAAAAAACGUUUGCGAGAGCAGACUACAUAAAGCAUCAUACACGUACGGCACACAGUAUUGACGAAAAAACGUGUGAUAUAUGUCAAAAGAAGUACAAGCAUUCACAUGGUUUAAAGACCCAUAAACUAUUAAUUCACAGUCAAACUGACAGGAAAUCGUACCCUUGCGAAAAUUGUGGAAAGCAUUUUGUAGGAUUGGGUAAUUUUAAGAGACAUAAACAAAUUCAUAUAGCAGAACGUAAAUACCAGUGUGAAAUAUGCAAUAAGAAGUAUACUCUAAAGUCCACACUAGAUAGACAUCAGCUAGUUCACACGGGUGAGAAGCCUUACGCUUGUGAAAUCUGUAAAAAGCCGUUUUCACUAUUACAUGCUUUAAAAGUUCAUAAAGAAACUCACACGGGAGAAAAACCAUAUACGUGUCAAAUAUGUAAAAAGCAGUUUUCGCAAUUUAUUGGUUUACGCUCACAUAGACGCCUUCACGAGGGUAUAAAACGUUACAUUUGUGAAAUCUGUUCAAAAGCGUUCAUGCACUUGAGUACUUUAAAUAAACAUAAACUUAUUCACAUAGGUGUGAAAAAACAUCGCUGUGAAAUAUGUGACAGACGAUUUUUGCUAUUGGACACUUUAAAACAACAUAUAAAAACACAUACUGGGAUAAAACCAUUCUCGUGCGAAAUAUGCCAGAGGGCAUUUAAGACUUCUCAUUAUUUAAAUAUACACAAACGGAUCCACACUGUGCACAUUAAGGAGCAGACAGACGAUAUCCAGCAGUCUGACUGUCAGAUGGAGACACAGUGUGCGGAUCAAAUUAAAGAGGAGUCCUCAUGCUCGGAUAAUGAGGAGUGCAGCACGAGUAAGGCAGUUAUGCCGGCCAGCCUGUACACCAACCACAAGCCCUUAUGUUCGGACACUGCAGGUUAUGGUGUGAGUGAGGCAGAAAAGCUAACUGAUGAGGUAAAGGAGGAGGCCCUGUGUUCAGACGGCAUGACUGGCAUGAGCGAGUCGGCCAUGCUGGCCGGUGUGGAUACUGACCAUGAUGUAAAGGAUGAGCUUGUACUCGGAUCAGAGCAUGUGAAGGAAGAGCCUUCAUUGUCGGAGAGCCUGGAGUAUGGAAUGAGUGAGGCAGCCAUGCUGGCAGACCUGUAUGCUGACCAUGUUGUAAAAGACGAGUUGGUGCUGGGGCCGGAGCAUCCACAUCGGCCAGAUGUUUCUCUGGUAGUCCUCGACUGGGCGCUAGCUGUCACAGACGGUUUCCUGCAGGAGCCUCGGAAGCACACCUCUGCAACGCACCCGGCACUGAAGGACUGCUGCGUAAGGCUCGAGCGCCUCCACCACGAGGCCCCGGCCUUGCACACCAUACAAGACACCACUCACACUGACAGCGAUCCUGAAGAUGAAAUGUACACUACAGUUGACUGUGAGAGAGUGCCUGAACCGGUGUGUGAUCUUUGUGGCAAGAAGUUUUCUCUAAAGUCUGAGUUAUUGAAGCAUGUCAUGACCCACAUUCACACGUCUAGUAUGGAGCAAGAAGGCAGCGGGCCUGUUGUCGCUGACUAUGUAUUUGAAGAAAAUCCGUUACAGGAGCGCGUCCUUAGUCGAGACUCUCCGCUCGCGCUCCGAAACGGCUGCGUGCUGCUCGAACACCUCCAACACCACGAGGCGCUCGCCGGCAACGACACAACACAUACUGCCGUGUCAGUACCGUUUGCCAAAUGA